AUGAUGUGGACGGCAAGUCUCUGCCUCCUGUGGGCUUUGUCCGCCCUCGGUGCUCCGGUAAACAAACAGAGACAGAGAAUGCUGCUGAUCUCCUUCGACGGUUUCCGGUGGGAUUACGACCGCGAUGUAGACACUCCGAACCUCGACAAAAUGGCCAUGGAUGGCGUCAAGGCCCAGUAUAUCACACCUCCGUACCUCACCAUCACCAGUCCUACACACUUCACCCUCUUGACAGGCCUCUACGUGGAGAAUCACGGGGUAAUCCACAACAUGUGGUUCAACACAACCACCUCGGAGAAGAAGCCGUACUAUCAGACUCUGUUUGUGAAUGAGUGGUGGGACAAUGGCUCUCUGCCGAUCUGGAUCACAGCGCAGAGACAGGGCCUAAAAGCUGGCUCUCUUCACUUUCCCGGCACAUCUUCCAGUUACCAGGGAGAAGUUGCUAUUGUGCGGGAAGUGGAGCCAAUGCUUUACAACUACAAGAACGAGACGGCGUGGCGAGAGAACUCAGACAAGGUGAUGAGCUGGUUCAGGGACCAGGAUCUGGACUUUGUGUCCAUGUACUUUGGCGAGCCAGACGGCACAGGCCACAGAUACGGCCCCGACUCCCCGGAGCGCCAGGAGAUGGUCAAGCAGGUUGACAGAACUGUGGGCUACAUUCGACACUUAGCUGAAACUCACGGCUUGACCAACAGCCUCAACAUCAUCGUCACAGCAGACCACGGCAUGAGCAACGUGUACCGCAAUGGUCUGGUGGAGGAGAUCACCCUGUCUGCCAUUCCGGGCUUCUCCUUCAGAGACGUGGCGUUUCACCUGGUGGAUUUCGGGCCCUCUGGGAUGCUUCUGCCAAAGCCGGGCAUGCUGGAGAAGGUUUACAGCGCUUUAAAGGGGGCCCAUCCACACCUUCAUGUUUACAAGAAGGAGGACAUGCCCGAGCACCUCCACUUCACCAAAAAUGAUCGUAUCCUUCCCAUCAUCUUAUGGGCCGACCCCGGAUACGUGAUCAAUGGGUAUUUCCCGGUGCAGUUCCACAAGGGCGAGCACGGCUUUGACAACCAAGAAAUGGACAUGAAGCCCUUCUUCAGGGCAGCGGGUCCGGCGUUUCGCAAGAACCUGGAAGUGGGACCUUUCGAGUCAGUGAACAUCUACCCUCUGAUGUGUCACAUCCUGGGCAUCGAGCCGGAGGUCAACGACGGCCACCUGAACGCCACCAGAAACAUGCUGGUUACGAGCACUGGUACUCAGGGUGAAAAUAGAAAUGUCAUGACAAACACCUUUACUGGACUCGCUGCAGUGGCUGGAUUCCUUGCUGUAGUUUUUGUUGUUGUGACGUCCCACAAAAUUAUCAAGAGAACACGCAAGGACAAAAGAUCAGGAAGUGUGCAGCAUCUCCCAGAAGAAGAAAAAACAAAACAAACUGCAUUUUGA